AUGGCCAAGUCCUACAUCGCCCUCGGGUGCGAAGGCUCCGCCAACAAGCUCGGCAUCGGCGUCAUCCAGCACUCCCCCGCCGGCGGCGCCGUCGUCCUCGCCAACCUCCGCCGCACGUUCGUCCCGCCCCCCGGCACCGGCUUCCUGCCCCGCGACACGGCCGCCCACCACCGCGCCCACCUUGCCCGCCUGGCGCGCGAGGCCCUCGCCGCCGCGGGCGUCACCCCCGCCGACGUCGACGUCGUCUGCUUCACCCAGGGCCCCGGGAUGGGCGCGCCCCUGACCGCCGUGGCCGUGGCGGCGCGCGCCCUCGCCCUCCUCUGGGGCCGGCCCCUCGUCGGCGUCAACCACUGCGUCGGCCACGUCGAGAUGGGCCGCCUCGUCACCGGCGCGCGCGACCCCGUCGUGCUGUACGUCAGCGGCGGCAACUCCCAGGUCAUUGCGUACGCCGAGCGCCGCUACCGCAUCUUUGGCGAGACGCUCGACAUCGCCGUCGGCAACUGCCUCGACCGCUUCGCCCGCACCCUCGCCAUCAGCAACGACCCGGCCCCGGGCUACAACAUCGAGCAGAUGGCCAAGCGCGGCACCCGCCUGCUCGACCUGCCCUACGGCGUCAAGGGCAUGGACUGCUCCUUCUCGGGGGUGCUCGCCGCCGCCGAGGCCCUCGCCGCCCAGCUAAGGCCGCGCCCCGGUUCCGCCGACAACAGCGACGAGGAGGAGGAGAUGCCGCCCUUUACGCCCGAGGACCUGUGCUUCUCCCUGCAGGAGACCGUCUUCGCCAUGCUGGUCGAGAUCACCGAGCGGGCCAUGGCCCACGUCGGCAGCAGCCAGGUCCUGAUUGUCGGCGGCGUCGGCUGCAACGAGCGCCUGCAGCACAUGAUGGGCCAGAUGGCCAGCGAGAGGGGCGGCAGCGUCUACGCCACCGACGAGCGCUUCUGCAUCGACAACGGCAUCAUGAUUGCCCAGGCCGGCCUGCUGGCCUACAAGACGGGCUACCGGACGGCCUUGGAGGACAGCGUGUGCACCCAGCGGUACAGGACCGACGAGGUGUACGUCUCAUGGAGGGACUGA